GAGCAGUUUCUUGAAGAAGUGGAGGACCUGAGAUCGCAGCUAGCUUUAACAAAGGAAACUGCGGAAACAAGCGCUGCUUCUGCUCAAUCCGCACAGCUUCAGUGCACAGGGCUUGCAGAACAACUUGACGAUAAAACACGUUUGCUAAGAGAACACGAAGACCGUGUAACUCAGCUAGGCCACCAGCUUGAUAGUCUUCAGAGUGAUCUAAGGACAAGAGAGUGUUCUCAGAAGCAGCUGAGAGACGAAGUUAUUAGGAUAGAGCGUGAGAUAACAGAAGCUGUUGCAAAGUCAGGGAAAGACACAGAGUGUGAGCUCAGGAAACUUGUGGAAGAGGUUUCUCCAAAGAACUUUGAGAGAAUGAAUAAGCUAUUGGGUGUAAAAGACGAAGAGAUUGCAAAACUAAAAGAUGAGAUAAGGUUAAUGUCAGGUCACUGGAAACUCAAGACUAAGGAACUUGAAUCUCAGUUGGAGAAACAAAGAAGAACAGAUCAAGAGUUGAGGAAGAAGGUGUUGAAACUGGAGUUUUGUCUGCAAGAAGCUCGUAGCCAGACAAGAAAACUGCAGAGGAUGGGGGAGAAGCGAGACAAGGCGAUCAAGGAGCUAAGAGAACAGGUUACAGGAAAACAGUUGAAUGAAUCUGUGUCUGGGGAGAAACAGAACUUUUGGGAUACUUCAGGGUUCAAGAUUGUUGUGUCAAUGUCGAUGUUGAUAUUAGUGGUUGUCUCCAAAAGAUGA